AUGUCGCGCCUGCUCUUAAUUCAGACUGUCAGAUGGGAGAUGUUUGGGAUCUCCUACUCGAGCUGGUUAUGGGGCAUCAUCCGGAACUCUGCUGGGUUUUAUCUCUCGGGAUUCUCAGGUUAUCUUGCAGCAACCUCUAACAUUUUGUUUGCAGAACUUUCUGCUAUACAUCACGGUCUUAGAAUGGCUUUGGAAGCAGGUAUUGAGGAGUUGGUUUGUUACUCGGACUCUAUGCUCGCCAUUAAACUUGUCACUGAACAGGCUUCUAAUUUCCAUGCCUAUGUUGUUCUAAUUCAAGACAUCAAAGACCUCUUUUCAACAAGAAAUUUCUCCAUCCAUCAUUGUCUAAGAGAAGGGAACCAGUGUGCCGAUUUAUUUGCAAAGCUAGGAGCCACAUCUAAUGAAGAGUUUACUACUUAUGUUACUCCGCCAGAAGACCUCAUUCCUUUGAUCAAGAACGAUGCCAUGGGAACUUAUUUCCCUAGAGCUUAG